UGCAGAUCGCUGCCAAAGCUAAGUAUGAAGUUUCUCGACACGGAAUGAAGAGAAAACAACUUUUUAAAGACUUGAGUGAAAGUUGCAGCAGCCAAGGGUGUUCACAUGAACAGUAAAGCGUGUUUAUCUGUUACGAGUUGACUUUGAAGUGGACUUUGAGUGAGUCGGGACUGGAGAGACACUGAUCCCGGACCCGCUGUAAUGACAACAAACCUACAGCGAAAUAUGAGUGUUUAAACGAAUUUAAUGGUUCUGGUCUUCAGGACCAAACAGUUCCGCUCCAGUCUUCCCAACCUUCUAAACAACAGCAUCAACAGAGCCUCUCGUUUACAGAAACUGAGCUCCAUGAAACCCAAACCAACUACCCAGAAUAGGCCCUAGAAACUUGAGAGUCAAAAACCGUAAGGAAUUCAUUGAGAAAAAUAGAUUUUCCAUUUCCCCGGCCUUCCGGAUCCAUAACCAGACAGAUCACUGAAAUUGACGGUCUGUUGAUUUUGAUGAUGUGAUUGUAUUAUCCGGUAGUCAUCUGGCUGUCAGUUACGCUGACCAAGUGUUACCAGAAAAGUGAAUCCUGGGAUAGGUUCAUGUGGCGGUCUCGCCGCUGGAUGGAGGUGUAAAGAAGGAGCAGGAUUCUUGUGGAACACUGGUGGAGUUCUGGCUGGUAGGAGAUCAUGGGAAAAGAGCAGGAUCUUCUGCAAGCGGUCAAGAAUGGAGAUCUAACCACAACACAGAAACUGUUAGCCAAGGUCAAAGCCAGUAGAAGCAAGUUACUGGUCUCCACCAAGAGACUGAACAUUAACUAUCAGGAUCCAGACGGGUUUUCAGCGCUACAUCAUGCUGCUCUCACAGGCACUACAGAGUUGCUGUCUCUACUGUUGGAGGCUCAGGCCAUCGUUGACAUCAAGGACAGUAACGGCAUGCGGCCGCUGCAUUACGCAUCAUGGCAGGGUAAAGCCGAAUCAGUACUAAUGCUGCUGCGGACAGGGGCUACCGUUAACGGUGCGUCUCACGACGGGCAGAUUCCACUACACCUGGCUGCUCAGUACGGACACUACGAUGUGUCUGAGAUGUUGCUACAGCACCAGUCGAACCCGUGCGUGCUGAAUAAGGCUAAGAAGACUCCUCUGGAUCUGGCCUGUGAGUUUGGCCGUGUGAAGGUGGCUCAGCUGUUGUUGAACAGUAAUAUGGUUGCAUCUCUAUUAGAGGGCGAUCGGAGAGACGGGUCAGACUUGAACUGUAACACUCCUCUACACCUCGCCGCACGCAACGGACACAAGGAUGUCAUCCGUCUUCUUCUGAAAGCAGGUAUUGACAUCAACAGAAGCACUAAAGCUGGCACGGCUCUCCAUGAGGCCGCACUCUAUGGGAAGACAGAGGUAGUGCGGCUGCUUCUGGAUACUGGGAUAGAUGUGAAUAUCCGUAACACAUACAAUCAAACAGCCCUGGACAUUGUCAACCAGUUCACCGCAUGCCACGCCAGCAAAGACAUCAAACAGCUCCUACGAGAUGCUACAGGAGUUCUUCAGGUGAGAGCUCUGAAAGACUUCUGGAAUCUUCACGACCCCACAGCCCUCACCAUACGCGCCGGUGAUGUCAUCACGGUGAUCGAGCAGCACAUGGACGGACGCUGGAAAGGCCACAUCCACGACACCCAGAGAGGAACAGACCGAGUCGGCUACUUCCCUCCCUCCAUAGUGGAGGUCAUCAGCCGAAGAUCAGGGGGCACCCUGUUACGACACGCCUCAGUGCCCACUCAACGGCAACAGCUGUUCUCCAGAUCCUCCCUCAGCCCCAGCUUGAGUCUGAGCGGCGGUGUUGCCCCUCAGACUGAUGACUCCUGCACUCUGUACACCACUAACCCCCACCUGGUGCUCCCCCAUGCCAACGGUCUGAGCACCAACUCAGGUGGGCCUCCUCGCAGUCUGUCCCAGCUUAUAACCCCCAGCAUGGAGGACAUCUGGGUUUUGCGGAACUCCUGCGCUGCUGGGGACAGGAACAGUGUGAGCAGCACUGGCAGUGUGGGCAGCACCCGCAGUGCAGGCAGUGGGCAGAGCACAGAGAGCAACAGCACCCCCAGCGGACCACAUCAGCACACCAGCAAGACUGCACCAUCUGCUGGGGAUUCACUACAACCGGAUCAUAACAAACAUGCAGACACACCCACAGGUGUUCCCCGCAGACCUGUGUUGCCCACACAGAAGGCAGGAGAGCAGGGUUUCACUCAGCAGUUUGUACGUCCUCAGCAGCUACUAGAGGGCAAGGAUGCUGAGGCUAUCUAUCAGUGGCUGAGUGAGUUUCAGUUGGAGCAGUACACUGCAAACUUCCUAAACGCUGGCUAUGAUGUGCCCACCAUCAGCAGAAUGACCCCUGAGGAUCUCACAGCUAUCGGUGUGACUAAACCAGGCCAUCGUAAGAAGAUCUCCCUGGAGAUCGGAAACCUCAGUAUUCCAGAAUGGCUGCCAGAGUACAUACCACAGGAUCUUGGGGAGUGGCUGAGUGCAAUAGGCCUGCCUAAGUAUCAUAAGAAACUGGCUGAGAAUGGCUAUGACUCUAUAAAUAUUGUCCGAGACCUCACAUGGGAAGACCUGCAGGAGAUUGGCAUCACCAAACUAGGCCACCAGAAGAAGAUGAUGCUUGCAGUGAAGAAGUUGUGUGAUAUUAAUAAGGCCCUUCUGCAGGCCGAAUCAGAGCAGGGCACACUACGCCGCAAAACCCCUGCUGCCCUGGACCUGCUCACUAUUGAGCCACCCCCUGAGGGUGGUGGCCUUCCCUCGCCCCACACAUCCAAGAUGAUCACUUUCCAGGACAGUGAGCUGAGUACUGAACUACAGAGCGCCAUGUCCACCCCCUACAAUAGCUGUCAGGAGGGACUGGCCAUCAAAAACGCAGUAAGUAUGUCGAUCAGUCAGGAGAGCAUUGACACGCGUUCUCGGGGGUCCGGACGCUCCCAGGAGCCUCCUAACACUCCCUCGUCCUCUUCCUCGGCAUCCACCCAUUACAGCCACUCCCGCGAGAGCUUAACAAGUACCGACAGCAGCCCUACUAAAGAACGGAACAUUCCGGAAGGCCGCGACCAGGUCACGCAUCCUCAGUUACCGCAGCAGCUGCCAUUCAGUAUGUCCACUGGCUUUAAAUACCCAGUGCUGCUUGCCAAACCCAAACUGGGCUCUUUGCCCUCUCCACAAGGCUCAGCUGCUCAAAAAAAACUAAAUUAUCCACGUUUGCUCUGUAAUAGUGCCACGCUCAACCGCCACUCUCCUAGCGUGACCAAGAAGCGCACACAGAGUCUCACCCGCUACGCUUUGUCAGAUGGUGAGCCUGAUGAGGAAGACGAUGAAGAAGCUGCUCAGCUAGCCAGUAUUGCCAUGCCUUCUUAUGCCACAUUGAGCCGCAAGCCUGCCCGUGGCCAAUUGGCACGCCUUCAGUCUGCUCCAGAGCAGUCCAUUGGCCGAAGCCAGUCUUUCGCCAUUAGAGCUCGGCGUAAAGGCCCUCCCCCACUGCCACCGAAACGCCUAAGCUCUGUCAGCAGUUGCAGUACUAGUGUCGAAAUUGUCUCGGACAUGCCAGUGUCACCUACUGGAGGAGUUGAGAGUGACAGUCCUGGAACUUUAAAGAGCAUUGCAGCUGUUUCAGAAACUGUUCUACCUGACCCUAAAGUGGACCUCCUUCAGGAGACCACAUCAUUUGUCUCUGUCUCCAAUGAAGGAUCCAGACAGAGAACUUUGAGUCAGAGAGAGUCUAUCCAAGUCCUGCAAGCCAAUCCAGAUACUGAUAAUGCAUCAAAGUCUGACUCUGAAGAGGAUGAUGGAACCAAGGAUCCAGGUCUGGAGAGCUCUUCCUCACCACAGAACAGCUCCAGUGAGUGCAUCCCCUUUGCAGAAGAAGGCAACCUCACCAUCAAACAAAGACCUAAAGUUGGCGGCCCUCUCAAGACGGAGAGCACCCCAGAGUCUCCAGAGAAAGCCAAACCAGCCAAAGCCCCUGAAGUUCCAGAGUUCAACCUGAAAGAGUCAGACACCGUGAAGAGACGGCAGAAGCCAAAAGACAAGGAGCAGCCAAACAUGGCAUCCGACAGCAAUGUUGACAGCCUGAAGGUUUCUGAGCAAAUUCAGACUCAGGAAACUGUGAAACUCCGCAUCAGUGAAUCGGAGAUGAGUCUUCCACAUGUGGAGCCUUUUCCCAAACAAAUGCAAUCACCACCACCUCUUGCCCCCAAACCUCCCAGUCCCCUGCAUCCAGCACGGCAUACCUCGAAACCACAUCCUGCUCCUACAAACACAGCAGUUGUCUCUGGCGUGACUCUGAAUGUUGUUCAGAGUGUGGCCUUUGUGGCUUCUCCAUGUCCUGUCCCGCACUCCCCACCUAGAUCAGCAAACCUUCAGACUCCUGUUGAGGCAGGUCAGGGGUCGACGCUCAUGCAGCGGAGGCUGGAGAAGACCAGCUCAUCUCUGGAGGAGGCACUGAAAGCAGUAGAGAGAGAACUAACUCUGGAGAACCACACUGAGGGGGUUUCUCACGUGGCAAAGUCUGCAGGAAACAUUCUGGAUGACAUCGGGAACAUGUUCGACGAUCUAGCCGAUCAGUUGGAUGCCAUGCUUGAUUAAACCUCUCUCCUGCAUGGAGCUUGGGAUUAUUUCAUGGAUCUGAUCCAGAGCAGCACAUGCCUUUAUUACGAAUGGAGACCAGAGGAAAACUUGUUUGACCAUUGACCACAUUUCCAAGGACCACACAGGGACAUUUAUUGAUGUCCACAGCCUUCUGACCAACUCCAGUGUAGGUAUCAUCUGUACUUGUUUGUUUAGUCUUAUUCCACUAUAUAAUCAACCAGCAUAUAUAUAUAUUUGUUUACGUAUUUCAUUCUGUCCUGUCAUUACUAGUCUUUCUGGGGCUGAACUGUGGUCUUUACCGAGCAUGACCCCAAUACGUUUUACAAAAUGACCACAAAUGUCCUAGAUGAAAGAGAUGCACUUAGAAGAAUCAUUCCUAAAGCAAUAAUCAUUUCAAAACACUACACUCUUUCAAGGAAAGAUUAAAAGAAUAAUUCUCCCAAAAAUGAACUGCAUAUGACUUUGGAAUGAGAUGAAGGCGAGUAAUAGUCAAUUUUGGGUGAACUAUUUCAUGAGCAUUUUAGCUCAAACAAUUGUACCUUGUUUUAUAUGGAGCACAAGCAGCUUUUUAUCCAUUUCAGAAUGUAAAUAGCCUUCAGGUUUGGUGCUACUACAUUCAUGAAAGAUAUUGUCCUAUUGUGACAUUGCAAAUGUGCAGGGUAAGAAACAUUACUGACAUUUAUUUUUGUAUUUAAGGUUGGUUUUAAAGGGAACACGUCAUCUUUGAAUGAAAACACUUCCUCGUGUAACUAGAGCAGCAUCAAUGUACAGCAAGCAAUUCAGGUUAAAGAUGAUAAUAAACACUAUGAACGUCUUUAAACUUAUUUUAGUCAAAAUAGUAUUUAAACUUUAUCGAAAUAUGUAUAUUGUACACUAAAGGUAUAUUUGAUUGGGAAGCAAACCUGUUUGUUGUACCAAAGUAUAUAUAAGUUUUUUAUUCAAAUGUUGGCUUAUCAGGAUUUCUAAAAUGAUUACCUUGACGCUAAACUAAUGAUAGUUAACCCAGUGACUUUUCCUCUUUGCAAAUCACUUGAUAUGGAUGUUUUCCGUGUGAACUUUCCACUCUGUUGCCAUAUGUGUUUAAAGGUCUCUUUCAUUUAGGUUGUAAUUAACCAAGUUGUUCGGUAUAAUUACUGUCAUUUGUUGUUUUCCCAUGAGUUGUAACAUUUCAGCAGUUUUAGGACAUGCAGAUUCCACUAUAUGUUCUGUUCUUAAAAUCAUAAUGCACCUUAAGUUUAUGUUCAUGCACAGAGACUGUUCCUCUCUGUGUUAGUAAAGAAAUAUCAAAUUGCACAUUGUUGUCUGACCAGAUCCUUACAAUAUCAUGUCACUUGUUAGCAAUAACAAAAUGUAACUGGUUUCUAUGUUGCAUUUUCUUUCCUUUGUUCUAUUUUGUACAUGUUUUCUAUUAAAUGAAUGUAGCUA